UGCUUACAAAACUAUCAAUGUUUUCGAUAGUCAAAGACCAUCGAUACUAUCGAUAGUGCCAUGGAAGUUUUCCGUCUCUACUCCUGUUCCUUGAUUUGCCCAUUUCCAUAGUGAAUCACAUCAACAAAUCAAAAAAUUUCAACUUUUUGCGGUUUAUGUGAAGAUUAGAUGCUAAUUUUGUUAAACGAUGGAGGAAGACAAAGUUGCUUUGAAGAGCCAACUAGUCACAAAAUUAAAUUGGAGCCUGGAGGGUUGUCCUGUGAAUGCGAAGUCUGCGAGCUUAGAGUCAAUAGAAGACAGUGCGAUACCCGCAGGCCACUUGGAAAACAAAACCACAGAAGAAACUCAUGCAGUUAACGAACUAAAGAUUAAGCAGGAAGAUACCGAGGCAAAUACAGCGCACAAUGAGAUAGGGGAAUACAAUGGAUCGAUUAGUGAAAAUGAAUAUAAUUUUCAACGAGGCAUUGAUUCAGUGCAUGCCAAUAAUGGAACAAGCAUUGAAAUUAGAGACGAUAAUGUGCCAAAUGAAUAUUUUGUGAUAAGUGAGAUUGAUUUGGGCGAAGAAGCAAAUUAUUACUUUGAUCCUACGAAGAGAAAAAGAAUAAAAAAGUCAACAGCUCUGAAAUAUAUUGACCAGUUACAACAAUAUGCGCUGCAGAAUGGUUUAACAGAGGUCUACGACAAGCUGAGUGAAAUUGAGUUGUUAAUAAAGCUAACUAGUCCGAAAAGUUUUACAGAACGGCGCACAGCAAUUAAUGAAAAUAAAAAUCAACGUAGUCAACAGGAAAUUGUCUUCAAUGAACGUUAUACAGACAAAACGGAUUCAUAUCCUCACUUGGCACAAUCAACCAACUCUUCUGUUUUGACGACAGUUAGUCCAGUGGUAUAUGCAUCCAAUAGUGGCCCAGAAUUUGUCAGGGAAAAUCAAAAUAAUACAAGUAAAACAGAUUUUAACAGAGAAAAUACGAGUUUAAUAAGGAAGAAAACUAAUGCUGAGCGAAUGAGAGAAUACAGAGAAAGGAAAAAACAGCGCAGGCUACUGGAGUUACACCUUAAUGGCAAUACAGAUAUUGUAAAAUUAAAAAAGACUCCCGCCGAGCGAAUGAGGGAAUACAGGGCGCGGAAAAAGCUACUUGCACAACAAGCCUUCCUCUGCGCCUCUGUGUCAUAUUCAAAAACUGAUCUUACUUCGGGACAUAGUGGGUUAUUUAAAUUUAAAAAGGAUUCAAAUUCAAUCAACGCCAGUGUCGUAAAUGAGGAUGUUGUUGAGGUGUAUGACCUCAGCGAAUCGGACGGGAGCGUAACUCUUUGUAAAAAUGAAAAUAUUUCGCAAGAUUUCCCUCAUGAAGAUGACCCUAUCGCCGUGAAUGAAAGUACGUAUUUGUGUGAAGCCAGCUUAUCGGACAUUGGCGAAAAAAUAUAUGAAAUCGAAAAUACGUCACAAGAUUCCCUCUGUGCGGGGUUGAACACGCUCGACGGCAUUACAGUACAGGAAAGCAAUACGCAAAAUGUAGAAAGUGAGCAAGAUGAUGGUACGGUACUUUCGGAAGAAGACCAAAAAACUUGUGAAUUAUUAACGCCGUUAAUUGACCAAGGUUUGAGAAGAGAAAAAAGACCGGAGGGCAAAUCAACGGAACACGAACGUCGUUUUAAGGAAAAGAAACUAAUAGAAAAAUUUAGAUCUUCGCGAGCGAAAGAAAUGAGUGAUGUUGAAAAACGAAGACAGCGAUGUGCGGAACGCGUUCGACGUUGGAGAGAAAGGAAAAGACAGCGCAGGCUACAGGAAUCUAACCUUAAUGACAAUACAGAUAUUGUAAAAUUAAAAAAGACUCCCACUGAGCGAAUGAGGGAAUACAGGGCGCGGAAAAAGCUCCUUGCACAACAAGCGACAGAGGAAGUGUCAAAUUCAAAAACUGAUCUUACUUCGGGACUUUCUGGGUUAUUUAAAUUUAAAAUGGAUUCAAAUUCAAUCAACGCCAGUGUCGUAAAUGAGGAUGUUGCUGAGGUGUAUGACCUCAGCGAAUCGGAUGGGAGCGUAACUCUUUGUGGAAAUGAACAUAUUUCUCAAGAUUUCCCUCAUAUAGAUGACCCUAUCGCCGUGAAUGAAAGUGCGUAUUUAUGUGAAGCCAGCUUAUCGGACAUUGGCGAAAAAAUAUGUAAAAUUGAAAAUACGUCAAAAGAUUCCCCCGAUGCGAGGUUGAACACGCUCGACGGCAUUACAGUAGAGGAAAGCAAUACGCAAAAUGUAGAAAGUGAGCAAGAUUAUGGUACGGUACUUUCGGAAGAAGACCAAAACACUUGUGAAUUAUUAACGCCAUUAAUUGAGCAAGGCUUGAGAAGAGAAAAAACACCGGAGGGCAAGUCAACGGAACACGUACGUCGUUUUAAGGAAAAGAAGCCAAUAAAAAAUGUUAGAUCUUCGUCAGCGAACGAACUGAGUAAGGAUGAAAAACGUAGACAGCGAUGUGCGGAACGCGUUCGACGUUUUAGAGAAAGGAAAAAACUUGAAAAACUGUCGGCCAUGGGCAAUCUAUAACGCAACUAUCUCAUAUAUAACAAAUGUUGAAAUUUGUUUCAUUAACAUUAAGCAUGAAUAAUUUUAGCUGAGGAAAUUUCCUUUAAUUUUCUAUAAUGUUCACCAACCAAUGAUUAGGCUAGUAACCAAGUUGUAUAUAUAAUUUGAAAAAAAUUUGUAUUAAUAGUACACAUAUUUUUUCUUUCACUUGUAUUUACUACAUACAUACAUACAUACAUACAUACAUAUGGACAUUUAUACCUAAGAAAAACCGCAUUAACGAAAAACCGAUUUGAUUCAACACAUAUUUAUUCCUAACGUUUAUUCCUCAGUCUUCAUAGCGCACUCGAUUAAACCGUAUUGAAAGGUAAACAAACUCCGUUAGUUUUAUUCGAUAUCUAUUUAAUAAUAAAUUUGCGCCGUGGACCGAAAUAGAAGCGAACAGUGAUUUCAACGCGUAUUGAAAUUUUGUUUAUGCAUCUGUUUUGAAUCGCACCGACCUGAGUCACAGCGAUUUAUGUGUCGGUAUAAACAAGGUAACAGUUUUCAUUACUAAGUAUAAAAA